UUUACCCGGACGUAUCUUUAGGGUGCAGACCCGGAGAGCGCCUGCGGGAGCGGGCCAGCCAACCAGCGCCCAAACUUCGGGGCAAAUGACUCCCAUCUGCCCUCGCCCGGCUCUCGGCUACCAUUUCUUUCCGUGUUUGCUCCGCUCAGUGUUUAAAGACGCGCGCAGCGCAGCGCCGAGAGCAGAGGCCGCGGGGCCGCCCCGGCCGCUGUCCAGCACUCGCAGCCUGAGUCGGGGCUGCCGCGGCGCCACGACACCCACCAUCUCCCCCAGCAAGCGGGCUCGGCCUGCGGAGGACGCCAUGCGGCUCCGCUUUGUCCGGCUCUCGGAGCACGCCACCGCCCCGAGCAAGGGGUCCGCGCGGGCCGCGGGCUACGACCUGUACAGUGCCUAUGAUUAUACAGUACCACCUAUGGAAAAAGUCCUUGUGAAAACGGACAUUCAGAUAGCUCUUCCUUCUGGGUGCUAUGGAAGAGUAGCUCCCCGUUCUGGCCUGGCUGCGAAACACUUCAUAGAUGUAGGAGCUGGCGUCAUAGAUGAAGAUUAUAGAGGAAAUGUGGGUGUUGUACUAUUUAAUUUUGGCAAAGAAAAGUUUGAAGUCAAAAAGGGUGAUCGAAUUGCACAGCUCAUUUGUGAACGGAUUUUUUAUCCAGAAAUAGAGGAAGUUCAGGUUUUGGAUGACACUGAAAGGGGUUCAGGAGGUUUUGGUUCUACUGGGAAGAAUUAAAACUUAUGCCAAGAAUAGAAAAUGAGAAAACAUACUUUUCUUAAAAAUAAAGAAUCUUUGCUUAA